GCGGCGGGCGGGGAGCGGGGCGCGCGGCCGGGGAGGGGGCCGGGCGCGCUUCGGGCUGCGCGGCCGGCCCAUGCGGGGCGGGGGCCGGCGGCGGGGCCGGAGGGGCGCAGCAGCCCGCGCCGAGGGCGGCCGCCGAAGACCUGCCCGGCCGGCUGCGCGGUGCCCUGCCUCGCCCAGCAGCCCGGAGGGAUGCGCCGUGCCGCCCAGCUCCCCUCCGCCCUGCCCGCGCCCUGGAGCAGAAAGUUUGGGGGCUGUCUUCCUCCUCCCGCUCCAAUGACUGCCCAAGGACUCCUGCCGCCCAGCCUCGACUGUGACCUGCCUCCGCUCCCCAGGUCGGAAUGAACUAUUCCAGGCUGUAACCAAGGCUCCGUGUCCUCGCCCCUCCCUCACCCUCCUUUUAAAAAGAUUCAUUUUUUAAUUCAAGAAAUUGUGACCCGCCGACUCCCUCUCCUCGUUGCUAAUUGAGACCCCCGGGCCUCGUCUUCUGAGUGUAAGAGGGGGUGCGGUCUCCCCCAAGACGGCGCGCUGGAAGGAGAGAGUCCCCUUGCCGACCCACGGCCACCAUGAAGAGGUGCAAAUCGGACGAGCCGCAGCAACAGCCGGGCGAGGAGGAUGGAGCUGGGCUGGAAGAUGCCGCGGGCCCCCUGCCGGGCGCGGACCUCCGGCCUGGGGAGGCCGCGGGUGCUAACUCCGCAGGCGGGCCAACUUCAGACGCGGGCGCGGCCGCGACGCCCAACCCGGGGCCCCGAAGCAAGCCUCCUGAUUUAAAGAAAAUCCAGCAGCUCUCGGAGGGCUCCAUGUUUGGCCACGGCCUGAAACACCUGUUCCACAGCCGGCGCCGGUCCCGGGAGAGGGAGCACCAGACGUCUCAGGAUUCCCAGCAGCAGCAGCAGGGCACGUCGGACCAUGAGUCCCCGGAUGAGAAGGAGCGCUCCCCGGAGAUGCACCGCGUCUCCUACGCCAUGUCCCUGCAUGACCUGCCCGCGCGGCCCACCGCCUUCAACCGCGUGCUGCAGCAGAUCCGCUCCCGGCCCUCGAUCAAGCGGGGCGCCAGCCUGCACAGCAGCGGCGGGGGUGGCGGCGGGGGUGGCAGCCGGCGCACCAAGAGCAGCUCCCUGGAGCCCCAGCGCGGCAGCCCCCACCUGCUGCGCAAGGCCCCCCAGGACAGCAGCCUGGCCGCCAUCCUGCACCAGCACCAGGGCCGCCCCCGCUCCUCCUCCACCACCGACACGGCCCUGCUGCUGGCUGACGGAGGCAACGUGUACCUCCUGGCCGAGGAGGCCGAGGGCAGUGGUGACAAGGUUGACAAGGGAGACCUCGUGGCCCUGAGCCUCCCUGGCGGCCCAGGCCACGGUGACACUGAUGGCCCCAUCAGCCUGGAUGUGGCAGACGGGGCCCCGGACCCCCAGCGGACCAAGGCCGCCAUCGACCACCUGCACCAGAAGAUCCUGAAGAUCACCGAGCAGAUCAAGAUUGAGCAGGAGGCGCGGGACGACAACGUGGCCGAGUACCUGAAGCUGGCCAACAACGCGGACAAGCAGCAGGCGUCGCGUAUCAAACAGGUGUUUGAGAAGAAGAACCAGAAGUCGGCCCAGACCAUCGCGCAGCUGCACAAGAAGCUGGAGCACUACCGGCGGCGCCUGAAGGAGAUCGAGCAGAACGGGCCCUCGCGGCAGCCCAAGGACGUGCUGCGGGACAUGCAGCAGGGGCUGAAGGACGUGGGCGCCAACGUGCGCGCCGGCAUCAGCGGCUUCGGGGGCGGCGUGGUGGAGGGCGUCAAGGGCAGCCUCUCGGGCCUCUCGCAGGCCACCCACACUGCCGUGGUGUCCAAGCCCCGGGAGUUCGCCAGCCUGAUCCGUAACAAGUUCGGCAGCGCCGACAACAUCGCCCACUUGAAGGACCCUCUGGACGACGGGGCCCCCGAGGAGGCGGCCCGGGCGCUGAGCGGCAGCGCCACCCUCGUGUCCAGCCCCAAGUACGGCAGCGAUGACGAGUGCUCCAGCGCCAGCGCCAGCUCAGCCGGGGCAGGCAGCAACUCGGGGGCCGGGCCGGCCGGGGCGCUGGGGAGCCCCAAGUUGAGCGCGCUGUACGGGGCCCCUGGAAACCUGGACGCGCUGCUGGAGGAGCUGCGGGAGAUCAAGGAGGGACAGUCCCACCUGGAGGACUCGAUGGAGGGCCUGAAGGCUCAGCUGCAGCGUGACUACACCUACAUGACCCAGUGUCUGCAGGAGGAGCGCUACAGGUACGAGCGUCUGGAGGAGCAGCUCAAUGACCUGACCGAGCUUCACCAGAAUGAGAUGACCAACCUGAAACAGGAGCUGGCCAGCAUGGAGGAGAAGGUGGCCUACCAGUCCUACGAGAGGGCUCGGGACAUCCAGGAGGCCGUGGAGUCCUGCCUGACCCGGGUCACCAAGCUGGAGCUACAGCAGCAGCAGCAGCAGGUGGUACAGCUGGAGGGCGUGGAGAACGCCAACGCGCGGGCUCUGCUGGGCAAGUUCAUCAACGUGAUCCUGGCGCUCAUGGCCGUGCUCCUGGUGUUCGUGUCCACCAUCGCCAACUUCAUCACGCCCCUCAUGAAGACACGCCUGCGCAUCACCAGCACUGCCCUCCUGGUCCUCGUCCUCUUCUUCCUCUGGAAGCACUGGGACUCCAUCACCUACCUCCUGGAGCACGUGCUGCUGCCCAGCUGAGCGGCCAGCCCACCCCCGCCCCGUGCUCUCUCCCUGGCCCCGAGACGGCUCUGCUUCUCCAGGAGGGACCCUGGGAUGCCUGAGCCCCUUGAACUUCACACGUCUGGUUCGGCCUCUCGCCCAAACUGUCCAUUCCCGCAGCUCCUGCCCCCUUCUCUUCUCGCUUCUGUCUGAUGCCUUCUCCCUGUUGGCCUGGAGGGAACUUCGAGCACGGCCCCGAUGGAGGCAGUGGGGACAUCUGUGGCCAAAUGAAGCAGAGGGGUCACCAGGAUGGGCUGUUGGGAUGAUGUAGUCACACGAGGACUUCUCCCAGCUGACUCAGGAUGCAGCAGGUCAGGAAGGCCGAGAAGAAUGGGAGCAGGAGAGCUUCCAGGCCCCAACCUGGAGGUUCGACAGACAGUUCCCUCCUGCGGGGAUGGUCAGGGGAAAGGUCAGAGGGCAAGGGGGCGGGGGGGGGCUCUGCUGGUCUCAGAAUGCCAAGGAGGGUAGGGCCCCCCAGCCUCUGAGCACCUGCUGGGCCAGAAAGUAGGCACAGUCUACCCCUCCUUCCAGAGCUGGUUUGAGGCUCACUUCUGGGCCGGGCCUUUCCCAGGAUAUGAAGGAUGCAGGCUCUGGAGGUCAGACAGGCUGUGGCUUUGGACUUGUGCUUUCCCUGUGAUUCUUUCUGCCUGUCACUGGAUCUGCUCUUUUCAGGGAAAUAGGCCCCAGAGGCCCCGAGCCUCAGCCUAAGUAAGCCCUUAGGCCUCUGGAGCACGUUGGGUUCUAUUUAUUCAUUUAUUUAUUUGUUCCUUCGUUACCUUACCCCCACUGAGCUCCGGGGAGAGGGCCUGCCCCAUCCUCCCCUGGAAGCCAGGCCUUGUUUUCGGCUGUCCAGCACUUCCAUACCAUUUCGCCUCUGGAUGAUCCUGGCUGGGGAAGGGGGGCUGAGCCACCCAGCCCCACUCUCCCAAAGUAGCCCCCCGGCCAGGACGGGAGGAGAGUGGCCUUUUAUACAUCUAUUUAUUUUGUAUGUGUGUAUUUGUGUGCAGGAGGUUGUUUGUUGCUUUAUUUUUUUAAGGCUCUGGAGUGUUGUGUAUGGUUUCUCUUCACCUCCCAGCCUUCCCAUGGGCACUUCCAAGAAGAGAGGGCAUUUCUCACAAAGCAAAGGAGAAAUCCCCUGGAGCGGUGGACAGUAGUGCCCGGUCAGCUUGUGGUGGACCUUCCUGAAAAAUAAAUAUCCUCUAAAUUUCAAAGCA